AUGUUGCGAGCGUUUUCGUCCCGAGUUCGAGCUGCCUCUUCUCUCGUUCUCGCUGAAGUCAAUGCUGCUGGCGAGUUGCAGGCUUCAAGCCUCUCUGCCAUCAGUGCGGCUUCCAAGUUUGGCGGUGACAUCUCUGUUGUUGUUGCUGCUGAGGAUGCUUCCGCCGCCGCACAGAUCCUCGCUUCUGUCAGCGGUGUGACACGAGUACUUGCCGCCUCUGGCGCUCAGUACAAGGGUGGCGUCGCCGAGGUCGUUGCUCCUCUUCUCAAGGAGGUCCAGGUUGCCUCUGGUGCCACUCACGUCGUUGGCCCUGCCACUCCCUAUGCCAAGAACAUCUUGCCUCGACUUGCUGCUCUCUUGGACGUUAACCAGAUCAGCGACGUUAUCGAGAUUGAAUCUGAGGAUACUUUCCAGCGGCCAAUCUAUGCCGGGAACGCUAUCGCCACUGUUCAGUCCGCUGAUCCCAUCAAGAUCCUUUCCGUCCGUCCAACCAACUUCGCUCCUGCUGAAGAGGGUGGUUCCGCUGCCGUCGAAGAUGCCCCAGCUGUUGGUGCCUCCGAUCUUUCUAAGUUUGUCGGCCAGGAGUUGACUGCUAGCGAUCGACCAGAGCUCUCCUCUGCGUCCAAGGUCGUCGCUGGUGGACGAGCUUUGAAGUCCACUGAGAACUUCGAGACUGUUUUGUAUCCUCUUGCUGACAAGAUUGGAGCUGGUGUCGGUGCUUCCCGAGCCGCUGUUGAUGCUGGAUACGUUCCAAACGACAUGCAAGUCGGCCAGACUGGCAAAAUCGUCGCUCCAGAGCUCUACAUUGCUGCCGGCAUUUCUGGUGCUAUUCAGCAUUUGGCUGGUAUGAAGGACUCCAAGACUAUUGUCGCGAUUAAUACUGAUGCUGAUGCACCAAUCUUCCAGAGCAAGGGCUCCACCCCUGCCGGGAUCUUACCAUCUUGUCCCUGUAAUAUCAACAGGAUCAAAACCAAACCAGUCUUCUAA